GGUCAUUUCUAUCAUGACGCGCAAGGUAAGCACCCGUGCGACCAGCCUCUUGGACGCCGCCACCGAGGCGUUCGACUCGGACGGACGCCGGGACGUCCCCGAUGACGCGUCGAUCUUGUCGCGGGCCGUGGACUCGAAACUCCACAUUGGCUGGACGCAGACACGGACCGAGUUGUACGUGUACAUCCCUGUCCGACCGCGCAUCGUGCAAAAGGGCGUCAACAUCCUUUCGACCGAAGCUGCCGACAAGAGUCACUGGCUCACGAUCGUAGUCGACACGAUCCCACGCGCCCACGUCCGCCUCACCCACCGCGUGCUCUUGCGGUCCCUCGACUGGGAGAUUGGUCCGCAGAAAGAGGCAAGUCCUUUCUACACACCCGCGAUUGCAAUCGACCCCGCGUUUCCGCAAGAGGUCGUCGUCACGCUGGUGAAGGAGGCGGCCAAGACAUGGUCCGCUCUGUACUACCCGCCGCAGUAGUCAUGACGUCUCAAACAACGCACACGAUCAACCAGUUUCUCACAGAAGCAGCAUGUUUAACGGCAAAAAUGACAGACAUUAGACGGC